UUCCCUUCACCAUGUUCCUCAACUACUCUCAUUUAUUUCUCUUCAUUCAUUGCUCGCCACUCUUAAACACCCUGUUGAAAUAGUUUCCUAGAGAGAGAAAGAGAGAGAAAUUACAAAGAAAACCCUAGCUAGUUUUAGUAUAGUAUGCUUAUAAUUUUUCAUAGAGAGAGAGAGUGUGAAAAAUAAAUAGGUGGGGUGAUUUCAACUUUAAAGUUUUUCAACAACCUCUCAGAGCAUUUAUAGUGACACAUCUUAUGAGAUUAAGAGGAGACGGUGUAAUGUGAAGAAAACCAGUCUGGCCUUAUUAACUUCUUCACCUAUAAAUCUCUUCUCCAUUACACACUCACAUUAUACUACACUUAUAUCUAUUGCUUCAUAAUAAUAGUAAUACACUUUCACUCUCUAAUUCUUCUUCACUUUCUCUCUUCUUCAUUCUCCAUAUUUUUACUUUAUAUAGCUCAACCUUCUCUUCAACCAUUGUUGAACCAAUACUUCUAAAAGGUUUGAGCUUUUGAUUAUUGGGUUGUUGCGACAACGUUAUACUAGACAAGUUUACAAGUUAUCUAAGACAGUGUUUGGUUGGUGCGGUCAUAAAAUGGAAACUUUUACGGUUCUGUUGCUGUUAACGGCUAUAACAGCUUACUUACUUUGGUUCACGUUCAUCUCACGGUCCUUGAGAGGUCCACGUGUCUGGCCACUAUUGGGCAGUUUACCCGGCCUGAUUGAGAAUUGUGAACGUAUGCAUGAUUGGAUCUGCGACAACCUCCGCGCGUGUGGCGGCACGUACCAGACAUGCAUCUGUGCAAUCCCUUUUCUAGCUAGGAAGCAAGGGCUCGUGACGGUCACGUGUGACCCGAGGAACUUGGAGCAUAUACUCAAGACCCGGUUCGAUAAUUACCCGAAAGGACCGACUUGGCAGGCGGUGUUUCAUGAUUUGUUGGGUGAUGGGAUCUUUAAUUCUGAUGGUAAUACAUGGGUGUUCCAGCGCAAGACAGCUGCGCUGGAAUUCACCACUAGGACGCUACGUCAAGCUAUGGCUCGAUGGGUGAGUCGAGCCAUUAAGGAUAGGCUUUGCACCAUUUUGAAGAAAGCUGAGUUGCAUGGUGAGCCGGUGGAUCUACAGGAUGUGAUGCUCCGGCUCACUUUUGAUAAUAUUUGUGGUUUGGCUUUUGGGAGAGACCCGCAGACAUGUGCUACGGGUCUUCCUGAAAAUGGCUUUGCAGCCGCUUUCGACCGAGCCACUGAAGCCACGCUUCAGAGGUUUAUAUUACCUGAAGUGAUUUGGAAGGUGAAGAAAUGGUUAGGACUUGGUAUGGAAGUCGGCUUGAGCCGAAGCCUUUCCUUUGUGGACGAACACUUGUCAAGUGUGAUCGAGAAGCGCAAGGUGGAACUGAUGAGUCAGCAGAAAGAUGGCUCUCUUCUUCAUGAUGACUUGCUGACUAGGUUUAUGAGGAAGAAAGAAUCUUAUUCCGACAAGUUUCUUCAACACGUGGCGUUAAAUUUCAUCCUAGCUGGACGUGACACGUCAUCGGUUGCGCUGAGUUGGUUUUUCUGGUUGGUGAUACAGAAUCCAAAGGUGGAAGAGAGGAUCCUACAUGAGAUAUGCACGGUUUUGAUGGAGACACGCGGCGCUGACAUGGAAAAAUGGAUGGAUGAGCCUUUGGGGUUCGAAGAAGUUGAUCGUUUGAUUUAUCUUAAGGCUGCAUUGUCUGAGACACUAAGGUUGUACCCUUCUGUGCCAGAGGAUUCAAAGCAUGUGGUGAAUGAUGAUGUGUUGCCGGAUGGAACUUUUGUUCCGGCCGGAUCAUCGGUGACAUAUUCGAUAUAUUCAGCCGGGAGGUCGAAGACUACUUGGGGUGAGGAUUGCAUGGAGUUUAGACCUGAAAGGUGGUUGUCAUUGGAUGGGACAAAGUUCAUUAUGCAUGACUCUUUCAAGUUUGUUGCAUUCAAUGCUGGGCCUAGAAUAUGUUUGGGGAAGGAUUUGGCUUACUUGCAGAUGAAGUCAAUAGCCGCGGCUGUUCUGCUUCGCCACCGUCUUGCGGUGGUUCCUGGACACAGUGUGGAGCAAAAGAUGUCACUCACCUUGUUCAUGAAAAAUGGGCUGUUGGUUAAUGUUUACAACAGGGAUUUGAAGGGUGUUUUUGCAAAUAUACAAAAUGAAAAGAAGGGUGAGAUUCAAGGGAAAGUGUCAAAUGAUUUGAAAUGCAAUGGAAGUUGUUAGUGUGGUGUUUUCAAAAGAGGUGAAUCUUACAAUUCAGCCCUUGGGGCUUUAAUUUAUAGAAGAGAGAACAGGGUUGGAAAAAAAAAAGAGAAAAACAAUAAAAAAUAACAGGGUAUAUUUUAUUCAUGGUAUGUUAUAUAAAUUUAUAUAAUUCAUAUGAGAAUUGUGGAUGGAUUGAUUUCUUUCUAUGGGGGUUGUGGGGUGGAUGUAUGCUUUCUCUCAGUUCAUCUUACUUGUAGAAUCCUUGCAAAUAUUCAAUUGUAAUUCUUUAUUACUUUGUUUUCA